ACGUCUUGAAGAUGAUGCAGAUAGACAUACCUAACUUGCAAGACUACGACAUCUCGCCCGACCAUGGGUUCCUGCCACCAGAGUCAUCUCUAGAGACUAAUUUGGACCCAUACUACGCCAAGUGGGAUCACAUCGCCCGAAAUCUACAGGGCUUGCAACUAUGCAACCGACUACGCCCUGUUGUAAAUGAGCUACCCGUCCUGUCUUGCAAUCGACUGAAUACUCUCUCAGAGCUGAGGAGAGCUUACUCCACGCUUGCUUUUAUCUGCCAUGCAUACAUAUGGGGCGGCAANCGAGCUAGCAAAGAUCUACCUCCGGUCGCGACCUACGCUGCGGUAGUCCUCUGGAAUUUCACGCCGGUCUUCCCACUUGAGGAUUAUGCUUCUCUCGGAAAUCUCACCACAUUGUUGACUUUCACUGGUUCAAUGGAUGAAAGCUGGUUCUAUCUUGUAUCUGUGGCUGUGGAAGGCCGUGGGGGCCCUCUAAUAUCUUUGAUGCUAGAGAGUAUCCGAGCCGUCAGUGAGAAUAAUUGUCAGCGAGUGGUGGAGACUCUCCAAAACGUCGCGCAAGGCCUGAAAGAUAUUUCGUGCUUGAUGGACCGAAUCUAUGAAAAAUGUGAUCCGCACAUUUUCUUCCAUCAUGUAAGGCCGUUUCUUGUGGGGAGCAAGAACAUAGGCGAAGCCGGUCUUCCCAAAGGAGUAAUUUUCGACGAUGGUACAGGAAAAUCACAGCCUGUCCAAUUUGCUGGAGGUUCGAAUGCUCAAUCUAGUCUGAUCCAGCUCUUCGACAUCGUGCUUGGGGUCGAUCAUCAAUAUUCCGAUGUUCCAGAUUCUCGGCAUUGUCCUCAGGUUCACCCUACAGACGGAAACCCACAGAAGUUACGUGCCGACCGAAAGUCAGGGACGGCUACCACAACAGCCUUCAUACUGGACAUGCGCAGCUACAUGCCUCGACCUCAUCGACUCUUUCUGCUACAUGUUGCCCGGAUCACUAACAUACGACAGUUCGUGCAGAGUCUCCCUGAUGAAGUAGAUCUUACGGAGUCAUAUAACUCUUGCCUGCACGAACUGGUCCACCUUCGGAACACCCACCUCAAGAUGGUGUCUCGAUACAUUGUCAUCCCGAAGCAGCAAGGUAGGGUGCAAAAGUAUCAAGCUAUUGGGACCUCGCCCUAUUGCACUGAACCUGUCAAAUCAGAUUCGACCAGCUUAUCCGGAGACCUUAUCGCCUCGGACGAGUUGUCACACCGUGGCACAGGUGGUACAGAAUUGGUGCCAUUCUUGAAAAGAGUGCGAGAUACAACGGCCAAAACUGCGAUCAAUACU